AACCCAACUUGGCUUAUCUAUAUCAAUGUAACGAACUUCAAGAAAGCUUCUCUAAAACAUUAAACACAUUUCUGUUCCUGUUGCCAAACCAGCAUCCUUACCUCCAUGGAACCUUGUUCCACGAGAAAGCUUCCCUUCUCUUCGCCUGUAGACUCUGAUAACAAAGCAACUGAAUUCCACCCACUGUCCUCCUCAACACCUCACAUGCGUGCCUUUCACCUAGCAUGGCUCUCUCUCUUCGCUUGUUUCCUUUCCACCUUUUCCAUCCCUCCCCUUAUACCAGUUAUCCGCAACGACCUUAACCUCUCCGUGACUGACGUAGACACUGCCGGCAUAGCUGCUUUCGUUGGCUCAUUCUUCUCUCGCCUUGCCAUGGGACCUGUAUGCGACCUUGUUGGCCCACGUAUCGCCUCCGCCUCACUCUCUCUCAUCACCGCACCGGUUGUUCUAGCCACGGCUUUGGUCUCGUCGCCAACUUCUUUCAUUCUCAUUCGGUUUCUUACAGGGUUUUGUUUGGCUAACUUUGUUGCUAACCAGUUCUGGAUGAGCUCAAUGUUUUCUAGCUCUGUCAUUGGCCUUGCCAACGGAGUAUCAGCCGGGUGGGCUAACGUGGGAGCUGGGGUGGCUCAGUUGGUCAUGCCACUGAUAUAUUCCCUAGUAAAAUCCUUUAACGUACCAGAGAAUACUGCAUGGCGUGUCAUUUUUGUUGUUCCUGCUGCUUUCCAAGCUCUAACAGCAAUAUUGGUCUUGGUUUACGGCCAAGACCUGCCUUGUGGGAACUAUAGAUAUUCCGGGAAGGCUUCCAACAAGCCAAAGGAGAACUUCUUUAAAGUUCUCUUUCAUGGCUUGUUGAACUAUAGAGGGUGGAUACUAGGUUUGAUAUAUGGUUAUUGUUUUGGGGUGGAAAUCACAAUGGAUAAUGUUAUAGCAGAAUACUUUUACUAUAGAUUUGGAGUGAAUCUAGAGAUUGCGGGUACGAUUGCAGCUUGUUUUGCUUUCACAAACUUGUUUGCAAGGCCAACAGGUGGGGUGCUUUCUGAUCGGUUGGCUAAGAGGUUUGGAAUCAGAGGCAGGCUAUGGGGUUUGUGGGUGGUACAGACGGUGGCUGGCUUGCUGUGUGUAUUGCUGGGGCGACUCAACUCCCUGGGGGCUUCUGUUGCUGUGAUGUGUGCCUUCUCUGUGUUUGUUCAAGCAUCUUCUGGCCUCACGUUUGGCAUUGUUCCUUUCGUUUCCAAAAGGUCAAUGGGAGUGAUAUCAGGGAUGACAGGAAGUGGAGGGACGCUGGGGGCUAUUGUGACACAGAUGCUGUUAUUCUCAGGAAGUAAAUUCUCGACACAAACAAGCAUUUCUCUCAUGGGACUUAUGAUGAUAGCAUGCACCCUUCCAGUCACCUUAAUCUACUUUCGUCGAGGGGGAGGAAUAUUUUGUGGUACUUAUUCCUUUAAUGAAAAUUCAGCUGAUGAAGAUUAUCACCUGCUCGUAUAAGAUGAAGAGCAGACGACAUAUAUACAAUAUUUACUAAAGUUAGUUUCAGAUGAAAGAGACCAGAAAUUGAAAAAAUGAGACAAAUCGUAUGCUGAUACAAACUGGUGACAAUAUUUAGUAGAAGCCUGUCCAAAUGUUUAAUCUAUAAUGUAAAUGAUCCAUAACCCCAAGAAAGUAAUGAUUGGGUUUAUCAAGUCUCAGCUUUGUAUUUAUAGAGGAAAAAGAAAACAUUGAAGCAGAAAAUGCUGCAUGGAACUAUAAUUUUUUUUUUUUGGGUGAAAGUUGCAUGGAACUAUAUAUUAAAAUGCCAUCUAGUCUGGUUCACAGCCAUUAAGUACAAAUAGGAACAUUUGUACAAGAGUAAUAGGAUUUCCUCAUCAAAUUAGAGGUAAUGGCUAAUGCAAAGGAAUAUUAUUGGUCAA